UAUCGUUAUUGUAAAUUAUUGUUGAUGUUGUCAUUUAACUUAAAUUUUUCUUUGCACGCUUUUGUUUCCAUUGCGAUUUUGUUUGGGGCAUUUCAGAUAUCCGAGAUACGUUGUACCAAAAUCAUUUGAAUAAACUCGUUCAGGUUUGGAGCGGCGUGCUUGGUUAACCUGCCUGCAAAGUGCAUAAUUGAUUAUACAAAUAACAAAGUAUCAAAGAAAGAAUCUAGCCAGUACCCGCUCGGAAUCUUCCUCAGACCUCAUUAACCGGCCCACCAUGUCUCUCUUGGAGAAAAUUAACGAGAUCGAGAAGGAAAUAUCCAGAACCCAGAAAAACAAAGCCACGGAACACCAUUUGGGCCAGCUGCGCGCUCGUCUGAACAAGUAUCGCAAACAGUUGCAGCAGGCGCAGGAGGCCCACGGCGAUGACGUCCCCGCGGAGGAGAUCGCAUCGGAAGAACCGCCCAUCCAAACCACUACCAACAAAAAAUCAAAGACAGUGAAGCCCACAGCCAAGACCAAGCCGGUAGUGGCGUCGAAGAAACCCGGCUCUUCGAAGAAACCUCCCGUCCCCGCCCGCAAACCCAGUGCCUCCGAGGAGGCCUCCACCUCCGAGUCCAGCGACGACUCGGAGCCCAGCCGACCCACCGCCAACCGCUUUCUGGCGCUGCCCUCCGACGACGAAGCCAACGACACCUUCAGCAGCGACACCGCCCAGAAUGCCGCCCUCUCGCCGGCCUCCUGCGACGAGCCCCAUCUGGAGGAGGCCUCGGACUCUCAGUUGUCGGCCGGCAAGAGGAAGCGCACCAAGAAGAAGAACCGUAAAACGGCCAGCAAAUCCGAAGCCACCCCCGAACUGGCCAAGAUGACCGGGGAGGAGCUGCUGGCCAUGUUCGCGGCGCAGAAUGAGCAGGCCCCGGUGUUGGCGGCGGAGCAGCGCAAAUUUAAAUCCGGUGAAGGGAUCAAUCCAAAGCUGUUGAAUUAUCGGUACGAGUUCCAGAAGACAGUGGGAGUCAGUGCGCUGUACAUGCAGGCGACAGUGCCGGAGGUGGCACAGAUGACCCGAGCGCGUGGGGAACGUGGGCGCGGUGUUCGAGGUGUGCAGCAUUUAUUUGUGCAAACGCCCGCCAACAUGCCCGAACGGGAAGUCAAAGAUUUGAUUGAUCGAUAUGUGCAUGUCGAAGACGAUCCUGCACGGCCAAACUGGAUUGUCUUCAAGCGAUCCCGUCGAUAUAAGGAUUUGCAACAUGAUUUUCUGUUAAUGGUCUACACCAAUCAGGAUCACGUUAUCCGGGACAUUCUGCACCAGUUUCCAUUCCAUUCGGAUGCGUUGAUUUUGAUGGGCAGUAUCCACGAGCGGGAUGAUAACUAUUCCAGUGCUCGCCAAGCUAUUGAACAUACGUUGUUCGGAUUUCAACAGUGUUUUGACCAUCGUCUGCGAAACCAUCCGGAACUACAUCGAAUGAGCUAUCGUUACCCGGCUAAUCGCUCAUACUUUGUAGCGCUCUUCAAACACAUUAUCCUGACCGUCCCACGCUUUCCCAAAACUGCCUUAGAACUGGGAAAGUAUUUGUUCAAUUUGAGUCCGAAAGACGAUCCUUUGGCUGUGAUUUUAAUGAUGGAUUACCUGGCGUUGAAAGCGAAGGAUUAUGCCUACCUCUUAGCUUUCCACGAUACUCUGAAGGAAAUUAAAAAUUUGGACCUCUUGCCCAACUUUGCCUUCUCCGUGCCUCUGGCGCUUUACCUCCGAAGUCAGAGCGCCGGUGGAAUAGCUGGCGAGAAUGUGUCGGAAGAAAUCGCGGAGACCAUGCUGAUUGAUGGCAUCCUUCGUUUUCCCGGAAUGAUACCAACGAUUUUUGAGAAGAUGGAAAUCCACAUUGAACGCGAUGUCGCAACAUGUCCCGUUUUCCGCCACGCUCAGCACGAAUCCAACGACGGCCUGAUUGUGUUGCAAGCUUUGUACGCCCGUCGUUGCUCCGGCUUCUGGAAGGAAGCUAGUGUUUUGCCGUGGCUUCAGAAUACCCUGUUGAAAAUCGCGGAAAUGGUGAAACACGAGACGGAGGAGAUGACCGAACGACGGAAACAUUAUACCGACAUGCGAAACCGGUCGUACCGCGGAACACCCAGCAACAUCUGGCGCCAUGUGAUUCUGCUGAACAUUCCGGAGACUGAACGUGUCUUCCAGAUGCGCUUGCCAAGUGAUGGAAAUAAUUUCAUUUUCCCGUUUGACCCGAUCCCGCCAUCAAAUAGCCUGGAACGGGAUGAAUGCGAUUCGCAUGCCUUCAGUCAGCCCACCGGUCGUGAGCGGCGCCGAACGGAACCAGCGGUGCCGGAUCCCGAAGAUGCCGCGCUGGCUGGACCGGUGCAGCGGGUGAUUGCAGCUACCCGGCAUUUCAUACAGACAUUGUGGCCGUCUGCGGACGAAAUUAACGGCCCGGCACCAACAGUGGAGUUACUUCCGGGAAUCCCGGCGCAAGGUGGUGACGUCGUGACGGGGGCGGCCAUUAACGACAGUGACGAGAUGAUGGCGGCCGAGCGAGACGAUGCGAUGAAAGGAUAUCUGGAUCGGGUUGGCGUGCUAUACGACAUGUACACCGGUGGAGAGCAGGAGCAGGCCCAGAGUGCCACCAGCGGAAUUGCCCAAGAUGCCGACGUAACGGACGGCGACGAUGAGGACACCAAGGGCAGUGCGGAUGUCUGAGAGCCCAUUUUGACAGCUGAUGGCGGGACUUAAUUGUGCGCUGCUGAUGAUUUAAACGGCCGAUUAGCGCGGGCCGUUACAGCGUUGUGUGUAAGCGAUACACAGGCCGUUCUUCUCGCGCGUUGAAGUGCGCAGGACUGUGUAGAUGUUGUUGGUGUGUACUCAGUGGGCCGCUUACUGACCAAGAAAAGGGAAUUGGCACCCUUGUUGUCUGUGUAUGCGCGGUGGGGAGAUUGUGUUUCCAUGGGUGAUCGAUGUGUUAAUCGAUAAUUGCUCUCUCCCUCCGCUUGGGGGCUAUCAAUUU